UAUAAGAGCUCUCCUGAAAGAAAAACACCACAACAGCGGUGGUGAUACACAACAUGUGAAGGAUACUUAUUUGCCAAGCAAUUGUAUGAGGAGAGAUAGCUUUAUUACAGUGAAAAUAAAACUGAAACAAGGAGGAGAGUUUUGCUUCAGUGAAGCAUUUCAGGACGAUAAAAGUGUGGACAAACCAGCCUCCUACGUUAUUUCUACAAUGAGCAGUCCUCUGAGACAGCAGGCUUCAACAAUGUCUUAUCUAUUGUUUCCAGUCAACACCACACAUUGUUGGUGAUGUGGCUGACCAGAGAAGGAAAAGUCAUUUAUAACGAAGAGGGGGGAACUCAGCUGGAUUUAUCAUGUCAGUCAAGUCUCCAAAGCUGCCGAGCAUCAAAAAGAAAAAACCUCCAAAGGACAAUGCCCAGGCAGAGGUUCUCAAUACCCUGGGACUAGAGGCCUUCUUGACUACACCACUGGACCCAGCGUCUCUGUUGGACAUCAGCACUUGGACUCUGGAGAAACAGGCCCCUCUUGAGCCCAAGGAUCUACCAAAUGCCUUUCUACAACGCUUGUGGCUGUUUAGCCAAGAUGCCCGGAGUCCUUGCUGCAAACCUCUGCAUGAUGUUUUGAACAAUUCCAACAAUUCACCUGAGGAAAUUAGAAAUGGUUUUAAAGAAGAAAGCCAGUGUGCCGUCAACCCCCUUGAUCUAGUAACAGCUGUCUUUAUGUCUGCUAACACUUUUCUUCAGCAGGAGAUGACUGUGCGUAUGUUACAAUGCCAGUUUGCUGCGCCCCUGGUCCUUCCAAAUAAAGAUCCAGAAGAAGCCAGUCGCUUCCUUCUUUGGCCUUUGAGAGGUGCUGUUACUCAAUGGAGGUCGCACUUUCCGGAAAAUAACAGAAAGAUCUAUGGGGGGGAUUUGGCGAGUACAUACAUGCCAGUAGUUUCUUGUGUGAGGCUUGGUCACAGUGGUGUCUCUAAGUCACAGGUGCUAAACAAUGUAAUAGGUGGACUCGGAUCUUCCUGUGACACAUUUCUCCACAGGGGGAUAGAUGGAGGACAGCUUCCCCGAAGACUCUCAAAUGGCCUGGUUGAGAUUGGAUGGUAUCUACCUCCGGGUGACCCUGUCAGAGACAUUUUCCCUGUCCCUGUGGUCAUCUCUAACUUCCGUGGUGAUGCCAGUAAACAUGAAAAAUGCCUCAGCCUUCUAUGUCAAGCGUCUUCAGCCGUGGUGGUUUUCUGUGGGAAUCUUCGGGAGAAAGAAAAACAAGUUCUUGCAUCUUGCAAGUAUAUGGCACACAAGCUCAUAUUGAUUGACCUAUCAGAUGCUGAGAACAAUGACAACAGGGUCGUGGGGUUUGCUGGUCAGAACCUUGAAGAAUACAUGGAGCUUCCUGGAGGAUCAGUGGUACAAGGUAGGGAUUUGAGUGAAGAGGAACUGGCUAACAUGCUGUGUGGGUCCUUGAAAGAUCUGUUACCAGAUUAAUUGAAACUUGUGACACUUGAGGCAGCAGCAAAAUUAGCAGAGGAGCUAGGCCUAAAUGUAGACGAAGGGGCAGUCUGCAAAAAGGCAAUGGCUACAGUGGAGAACGUAUUGCAAGGUUUAGAUGAGGGAUCUGCUCAAUUUAGGGACAAACAGCUUCCAUUGCAGGGGUCUGUGUGGAGCAAACUUGCUGAAAUGGAAAAGGAGGAAAGUAAGCAAAGAAAUGAAGGAAAAGAAAUUGACGAACAACUGCAAAAAGAAAAGAAAGACAUCUUGGUAGAGUUGAGCUGCUACAAAAUGACCUCAGCAAUGAAGAUUUUCACCGGCGCGCUUUCAGCAACAGAUAAAGUGGAGAGGACCUAUUUCCUUAGUUGGAUGAAGCUGAGGCUUCGUCUUAAUCAAAUGGAAAAACAAAACAGUCCACAAGAUCUAUUUACAAAGCUGAAGACAGAAAAAAAAGAUGGCCUGCCAGAACACUGUGAUAACCUCCAAAAUGGAGUCAAUUAUGACACAGGGGAAAGUGAUAGUUUCUGCACAGAUUCGACACCUGAGGAAGAUAACACUGAAGAGCAGCUCAUGAAUCAUGAAUUGCAAGAUUCUGAGCAACAGGUGGAGAUAAGCCAAGGGUUAGUACACAUUUUGCAAACAUCUGCAGAAAAAACCAUAGAGCUACAGUCACAACAGAAAGAACAUGUUGAGUCAACAAAAGAUCCAGGCAGAGACGUUUCCUUUGAACAUCCUACAGACUCAUGUCAACAGCUUUUGGAGCCUGAUCAGUCCUCGCUUGGACUUGAGCAUUUUCUGCGUGAGAUGGGCUUACUUUUUGAACUAACACACAUCAGUCCCGGGAGUGGGAGCCACAAUGUGUUGCGUCUCCCUAGUUUAGCUACAGACCUUCUUCUAUAUGGGAUUCCACUUGAACUGAUGGAUGGAAAUGCCUCAAACAUCCCAAUGCGCUGGCUGGCAUGUGUCUUUGCAGAGCUCAAACUCCGCCUACCUCAAAAACAGUGCAGGACCCGAGUGCUGACAAAUCUUGGAGUACAUCAUGCUAGGAAUGCUGAGCUUCUUUCUGAAUUAUUUGGGGCAAAAUGUCCUAAAGGAAGGAAAAGAUCCACUAAAGGGUUAUACAUGGCUGCCCUGUGUCUGCCUGAUAGGCAGAGAUGGCCACUGUUGCCGCAGGCUUGAGUGAUGUUUUAUUGCAGAACAUCUCUUCACACGUGGGUACUGAGUAUGAAACUUACCUCACUGUCACAGUCAAUGCUCUCCUACGCAUCAAAGAAUGUAGUUCCAUGCCCAUUUGCCAACUCCUGGCCCAAGAUGAAGGAAUAAACUGCUUAUUACAAGCAUCACAGUUAAGACGUGUAUCAGAUAUGCUACAGACUGAGAGUAGGGACAGAGGAACUAGCAAUGCUGAUGACCAUUAUGCAAAGACCAAAAGCUGUAUCACCUGUGUCAAAGGGCCUUGGUGCAAUAUGUCCCUUUCUCAACCAAUUGACACACAGUAUAGUGAGACUAUAUUAAAGCUUAAGCAAAACCUGUUUGGGGCGUUGAAGAAGUGUGCAGCUAAGUCUGAAGCCACUGGUCUGCCUGAAUUAAUGAGUCGUUUGUGUGCGGUUUGGGAUGCAGUGAAAGCAGAAUCAUUCUCCACUGGUCUGCAAAAUACUGACAUAGCUUUAGCCUUCUGUUUACUGUGCACCGAGUUUUUCCAGUGGGAGCAUAGUUGCCUGGAACACAUGGAGAGCUGGCUUAAGGGGGCAACAGAGAAAAUCUUCGACACAAAGGCAAAGGCUCUAGAGGCUGAAAUCCAAAAUAGCCUUUUGAACAAGCUGAACGAUGAAGCCAGAGAGGAAGUCAAAACAGAGAUAGACAAGCUUAGAUCAAAAGCAGACGCCUAUUUGAUGAAAGACAACGUUCUCGAAAUGAACACUUUCAAGCCAAUCCUAAUGAGCAAUAUGGAUCACCUUCAGGAGGAAGUAACUGAAGAGAUGGUGCAAAGGUUGGGGACAGUCAACGAAAGCCAUUGUUCUUUGACACAGUUGGAAAGGUUUGAGAACUCACUGGAAAAAGAACAGGAAUCUAAACUGCAUGCACUCGUAGAGAACAGCAAGUCAUCUAAAGUUCUCCUUCAAGAUACAGAACUAGAAGAGGAGUUUGAGGAUGUGUGGAGUAAGACGUUGUCCAACUUUGACUUUAGGCCAUCAGAAACAGAUGAUAUUACUGCAAGAGUGACCGAUGUUUUGAAACAUAAUUUAAUUCGCUGUGGUCUCCAGAAACACAUGAACAAACUUGAAGUUAUCGGCAAAAACCAAGCAUCGGGCUUCCAAGUUAAUGAUGAGCACUUUGGAUACCGCAGCAGAUUAAAGCACAUGUUUGAAGACAACAACAGACUGCAGAGGAUAGAAGCUCAACAGGUAGCAUGCAACGUCACAGAAGAAUACAAUCAGUUUGUAGCAGAUAAGUCUAGUUUAGCAGCAGAUUUCUCUGACAGCUAUAUUGCAGAACUGUUGGAAAAUGUUGAAAAAGCCUUGAAAGACAAAUCUAUGGAAAUCAGAUCAGCGUUUGAAGUGGAUCUGAAAGUUUAUCUCUGUGGCGCUGCAUGCCAAGACUUCCAAAAACGACAUGACCGCUAUGCCAAGGACAGCGUGCUUUUGACAACUAUUACUGCAACCAAGAGUAAGUACAUGUCAGAUUUCAUCUACAAGUUCAGGAAGAGAGAUCAGUGCCAGAGGGUGGCUCAAGCAUUUACCUCCAUGGUUGUCAAACCUACAGUGUUAGACUAUAUUUAUAGACCACUGGGAAUGCAAAUGGUUAAAGAUAUCCAAGAUAAAGCCCAGCAGUAUCAGUCCCCAUGUUCCUUUCAUCAAAGCUUAAUGGAAGAGCUAGUGAAGGAGGAUCAUUUUGAAAGCUUCAAGGAAUAUUUGCUUGACUAUGACAAAUUCAGAGUGAGGAAGAUCCAGGAGACGGUGGUGGCUCAUCUCUCUGAAUCAUCCAACUUUGGUAUAUGGAGGCAACAGAGACUUGGGGAAAUUGUAGGGAAGAUAGCGGCAGCAGUGAGCCAAACGGCAGAAGGUGCCAGUGGAGUACUUAGUGAUACAAAGCCGCUACUGGAGAGAGUUUGCCUCAUUGUAGAGAAAGAUGGAGAUGUUGAUGUCAAGGCCAGGUCCUGUUUGGACGGACCUUUCUUCAGUAUCACCACGGAAUGGGAUCGCUUUGUCACAUGUCUAAUGGAGUUACUGGCUGCAAUGAGAUUGGAACUAGCCCAGGAGUUCUCUCAAAAUGUUGAGAUCACCCAACUUCUUCAGUGCCCUAUAAUUCAGCCCCAAGAGGCCUUGUUUGAAAGAGUAAGAGGCUGUGACCAGCACUGUCCUCUCUGCAGAGCCCCCUGUGAGCUGCAAGAGGGGCAUGAGCUUCACAAGGCUCUGCUCCACAGGCCCAAAGACAUGUUGCCCCAUGACUCAGGUAUGACAGAGGGAAACCCAGGCAUGAGUAAGGACAAACAAGACCUGUCUGUAGCAUGCAGCAGCCUCCAUUCCCUCCACCCAGACUGGAGCAUCUCCCAUGGGGACCCAAACACUGAGAUGCCAUGUGCUUAUUGGAGGUAUGUGUGGGCAAGGUUCAAUGAGAGCUUUGCAAAGGAAUACAAUCAGGAACCAGCAGAUAUUUCUGAUGAGUGGAAGGAGAUAACUGAGGAGGAGGCACUGGACAGUCUGAAGGAGGCCUUCUUCCAUGGACAAUGCUGAUAUUACGGCUACUCUGUGCUGUACGCUCUUAUCAUAUUAUUUAUGACAUUUUCCUUACCAAGUUCAGGUUUUAUUUGGUGUGUAAGUAUUUUAUACCUAUCAAGGAUGUUGAUGUUUAUAUAAUAGUGGACAGAAAUUCAAGCAUCGACCAUUGAUGAUUCCAAACACUGGAAAUAACUGAUGAUGUUGUUUGCAUUUGUAUUUUUUAUCUUUUUAUCAUUUCAUUAACAAGAUAGUGUUUUGUAAAAUAUGCCUUUAAAAUAUGUUGUUAAUCACGUUAAUCCAAUGCCUCCUGAGGCCUGUACUACGAAGCCGGAUUUUCCUAACCUGGAUAUGUUUGAGUUAGCCGGUUGGCCCAAUCCAAA